AUGUUACGACAUGGGAGCAUACUGGGGCUCUUCUUGAAGCCCCUAAGCUGGGUCCCCAAUGGUCCCCAACAUGCCGCCUACGCGGCUGCCCUCGGCCUGGUCGCAAUCCAGGUCGGCAUCGGCAUCAUCAUGAAGAUUUCCCAAACGGGUGGAUCUUACUCGUUUUCUCCCUCGGCGUCUGUCACCAUCUCCGAGUUCUUGAAGAUGCUCCUGUCGACCAUCUUCUUCUACAACGAAUGCAAGCGCAGGGUAGCCGAGGGCAUUCGCCCGUCAACCCGAGGUGGCGGAAGCGGCUACGCCUCUCUCGCCACCUCAGAACUCCCUACGGCUGAGAGGAGCAGCUUGGAUGAGAAGCGGGAAGAGGAGGGAUUGAAUGGUAGUGCCAGCUCAUCCAGCACAGGCAACAUCGUUGAGAGAAACAAUGGCCCGCUCCCACCACUCGAUGUAAGGACGUAUUGGAGCUACGUCCGCGGCGAAGUUACCAGAGACGUGCGAUAUGGCUUCUGCAACUUAGCGCUGUUCUACGUGCUCAUCAAUAACUCGAUCUUCGUCAGCUACAAGAUGGCCGACCCUGGUACCAUUCAGCUGACCAAGAGCGGUGUCACCUUCAUCACCGCCUUGGUCAUGAUUGCGACUCUGAAUACCAAGAUUUCCAAGAUCCAGUGGAUUGCCAUUCUGAUGCAGAUCUGCGGUUUGAUGGUAACCCAGUACAACCCUCAGACGGGCACGACCUACUCGUUCAGCACGUACUUCAUCUUGCUCUUCCAGGUCUUCCUGAGUGCCUCGUCGGGCGUGUACAACCAGGCGCUGCUCAAGACUGACGACUCGAGCUUGCAUGCUGACAACAUGAUUCUCUACGGAGCAGGCGCUACCAUGAAUCUGUUAUGCCACUUGGUCAUCAAGACAUUGAAGGCCGACGAGCCGGGAUUCUUCGAAGGUUAUACCAGCUUUGGCGCCAUCAUGGUCAUUGUCAGCAACGUCUUCAUUGGUCUUGCCAUCACCGCUGUCUACAAAUACGCCGACGCGGUGAUCAAGUGCUUCGCCACGGCUGUUGCGACUGGGAUUCUCCUCUAUGUUUCGCCCAUCCUUUUCGGCACCACGCUCAGCUUCCUCGUAUUACCCGGUACCGUGGUUGUCUUCGUUGCAUCAUGGCUAUACAUGGAUAACCCACCUCCCAAGGACCCCAACCCUACCCCGGCCAAUGAGCCUCAGAAGAUGUCGCUGUUCAGCAAGAUGGCAGCCGUUGCGAGGAAGUUUAACAAGAUCUUUCUCGCCGUGGCCACAUUCAUCACCGUUGUUAUCGUGGCGUUCCUCACGAUGUCCGAGGCCAAGAUGCCGGACUUUGCCAAGGAUGGAGCAUCCGCCCCGUCUGGACCAUCCGGACCGAAGCCUGUUACUGGCGGCGAGAGCAAGAUUGAAUCGCCCUUUAAGAACACAAUGGCCAUGAUUCGAUGGAACUCUGCCCGCGCGGAGCGUAUUCCUAUGCUUCAAAAGUAUGAGCCGUUCUUCCACACCGUGCACAUUUCUAUGCCCAACAUGUUCAAAGAGGAGGAUCCCGAGUUCCACAACCUAACGCACGACCAAUUCCCGGGUACCUUUACCGUCUACAAACAAGUGUCCCGUACCAUGAAGCUCAUCCUGGAUACCCAACCCGAGAUCGAUGGCUUGAUGUACUACCACUUUGAUGCCUGGAUUGACCCUCUCGGCUGGACGGGCAUGAACCCAUACAACAUCCACUUCCCCGCGAUCAUUGAUACCGCUCCUCCAUCCCACGGUGGACCGGAGUACAUGUGCCUUACCGAUACCAAGAACUACAACUGGUGGGGAUGGGGACAGGAUUUCCACCGCACCGCCAUGGCCGCAGCCGCAGUUGUUGACAACUUCGAUCUCGAGUACAAGAUCAGGCGCGACGAGUGGUGCGUUGGCUGGAGUGACAUCUACUAUAUCCCGCGACGGUUUUUCGCCGACUACAUCUUCCUCUCCGAAAUCUUUGCCGGCUUCGGAGUCUUCCACGAGGUGGCAAUUCCCACAAUGGUUCGUAUCAUCGAUCAGAGUCGCCGACGCAACCCUUACCGAUCCAUCAUCGACCACAUCAGCGACUGCUGGGGCCAUUGCUGCAGCUCUAACCCCAAGAUCCGCGACGUCCUUGGUGCCCGCUGCGGCCACCGUCUCAACUACUUGGAAGAGGCACCAACUAAGGCUUUUUACGACAAGCUUGAUGCGCAGGCGUCGAUUCUUGGCCACCCUCUUAACUCGACCAAGUACGCCAUGUCGAGUGUGGAUGCCGCUCAUCUGUUCGACAGCGCAGCCCUGGCAAGCAUCAAUAAUGGCGAAGCCCAGAAGGUGAAGCCGAUUAGCGAUGAUGCCUUGGAGGAUGAUCAACGGGCGGACAAGCUGGCUGCAGACAAGGCUAGUGAAGAAAAGAACAAGCUGAAGUCCGAGCACGCCCCCGUUGAUAAGACUGAGAAGCCCGGUAACCCUAAGGCCGACCCAAGCAAGGUCGACCCAGCCAAGUCGGCUCCGCCCAAGUCGGCUCCGCCUAAGGAGAACAAGGAGGCGCCACAGAAGGAUGGACACAAGGAAGAGCACCAGGAUGAGAAGAAGGAGGGUGACAAAAAGGUUGAUCCAAAUGAUGCCCUCAGGGAAGCAGAUCGGGAGGCGGACGUAAAGCGGAGGCUACGACGUGAAGUUAUGGCUGCCGUCGCCGGACUCGGUUAUUAA